UAAUGCAGGAAUUCCAUUAUGAGUAGACUAACAAUUUCUCUGUACUCAAGGAAGUGGUGUUAAGAUGAGUUGAUUCCUGAAGAUUCAUCUUAUUUCCUCUUGACCUUUGUGUAAUUUUCUUCACAGCAUCGUCCUUUGGCCAUUGUUUAGCAACCAAUCAUAUAAAUAUUAUCAGAUUAAUCACUGUCAAAGUUCAAGUGCUAAUUUUGUGGAUAUCGCAUUAUACCAAGGGAUAUAAAUCCUUAUAUGAAUUGAGAUGAGUUCGAAUUUGCAGCCAAAUAAUAGAUUUAGGUCUUACAUGCCAAACAGUAACCAGGGUAAUUUUCACCAAGCACUCAGUGGGAGUGAAACGGAUGUUUCCACUUCAAAUGAAAAUCUUUCUAAUGAAGAGAAGUAUGUUAUUAGGCAUACAGCCCGGCAAGAGCCCCAGGGACAAGAAAAUUUACAAGAUUCAAAUAGGAGUUCAUUGCGGGACAGUCUCCCAUCAAAUAGAAGUUCACUAGAUGUUUCAUCUUCUUCCUACAACACCUUGAUUAUUCACAGUGCAGGAGAUGAACCUUGGACGGGUCGAAACUCAGGAACAGCCGAUAUCAACCUAAAUUUUCAUCAGUCAUCUAGUUUAUACAAUGAAUCAAAGUUAUCUCCAGUCCAAAAAAGAGGCUCAGCAUCCCCAUCUCCCUCAUUGGGAAAUAAUGGGAAUUCUGUUCGAAAUAGUUUGGAAGCAAACUCGGUCAACACCUUUGAAUCGGGAAUGCAGGGCAUUACUGAUCUUCCCGACGAUUAUCUUGGUCAAUCAUCCCUCUUGAAACAAUUAGCCAAAGAAGUUAAGGUUCCAUCUAUGCAAAUACCGAAACCUGAAAGUUUGGAUCUCUUACAAUUGCAAAUGGGAACAUUAGAUUUAAAUAAUUUACCAGCUCCACCAGAGUAUCCGAAAUGGUCACAGCAAUCUCCUAUACAUGCUGCUGUUAAUAAAGCCAAUAAGUUGAAUGAAAAGGCUGCCCUUUCCAAGUCCCAACCAGACCUUUCUGUUAUAAAUGAAAAUUGUGAUAUUAAUGGUUUUAUAAGAGGGACCUCAGCUCCAAGGCCUCCAACCAAAGGAAGAGAAGACCAUGAGGCCAGUGGGGAACAAAUUUGUCCUUCAGCUGAGAUGGUGGAUUUGCUUAGCAAAGAAAACAGUGCCUUAAAAUUAGAAUUGAAUAAAUAUUGGCAGAGGAUAGCAAAAACAGAAAAGUUAGAGCAGGAAGUCCUGAAGAUUCACAGAGCCCACGAAGAAUUGGUACAAUCUUGUGAAAGGCGAGAGAGACUUGAGAGAGCAGCUAGAACCAAAUUACAGACUGACGCGAGAAGAUUGCAAGAAAUCAACAGAGCUCUUAGGGAACAAGUCGAUUUGUUGUCCAGUCAGAUGCUGUCAAGAGCAUCAAAUAUGGAUGUGAAUGGACCUGAGAACUUGAGGAGAGAACUGAGCAAACGAGAAGUUCUGAUUGCGCAAUUGAUAACACAAAAUAAAGAAUUAGUUGCUGCUAAAGAGAGACAAGAGAUAGAACUAGCUGCCCAAAGAGCUACAUUACAAGAACAGAGAACACACAUUGCUAUAUUAGACACUGCUUUGACUAAUGCACAGGGAAAUGUUGUUCGACUUGAAGAAGAGAAUCGUAAGAAACAAGUUUACGUAGAAAGAGUAGCUCAAUUGCAGAGAGCUCUCUCAUCCUUGCAAUUGGCAAGUGAUAGAAGAGAACAGACCGAGCGAAAACUGAGGCUUCAACUCGAAAAGGAACUUCAGAGGGCAAAAGCUGGACAAUCAGGCGAAGAAACUAAGUCUGGUUGGGACUCGCCUAAUAAUCCAGAAAGCGAGUCUAUUUCCGAACUGAAGAGACGGUUGCGAGAGAAAGAUGAAAAGAUAAUGCGUCUCGAAGGUGACUGUUCUAAGUGGGAACAGAGAUAUCUUGAAGAAAAUGCGCUAAGGCAAGCAGCUAUAGAUGCUGCUAGUAUUCCAAAGGAUGCAAAGAUUGCGGCUUUGGAGAAAACAAGUCAGGAAACUGAAAAAAUCAUAGCAGAGGCAAGAAACGAAAAAAUUCGCCAUAUGGAUGAAGUGCAUGCGGCGCAAAAGAAAGUUGCUGAUCUUGAAUCAAGGUUGAAGAAUCUUGAAUCCAAACUGGCAGAAAAGGAUGCCAUGAUUAGAGUGCUCCAAAAGCAUACAUAUGAUAAAGAUGUAUCUAGUAUGCUUGGCAGAUCCCCCCACCACACACCGCAUGGAAGUUUGGCCGGGGCAGAUAUUGAUCACGUUUUAGGGUCGACAGUCUCAAGGGAAGAGCUUGUUAGCAGCGUACUCACAAGUACCACCGGAUUCGGAUCUGGAAACUCCUACGCUAGCAGCGAUUCUUCUUACCACAUGCCGUCCUACAAGUUCGAAACAAACAAGAGUUACGACCAAACGAAACAGUCUCUGGACAACCAGCUGAAGGAGAUUGAUAGUCAGUUGGAUUCUCAACUUUUGAGUAAGCGGGGUCUUUGCUGUUUUCCAGGAUUCACUAAUCCAGUCACUGCGCAGAGAAAAGGAAAAAUACCCAAACCACUACUGGCAGGUAUAGGUACGAAAAACGGCACCCUGUACGAAUCAGAAUCGUUCCUUCUAACACCGUCCAGACACGAGUCCGGCGAGAUGCUCCUGUUGGAGAAACAGGGCCGGACCAGUCAGCAGCAACGCAUGCAAGAUGGCGCAGAUAACAAUUCGGCGGCGUCGAAAAGUCCCUCCCCCGCGCCGCACUGUCCGGCGCCCAGUUCACUGCCCAGGCCGCCGAGGACCUCUCAGAGAAGCGGGCUGCCCAGAAGACUGGGAGAUUAUAACAGAUUGCCCGACAGCGAGAUGCAACGAAAGAAAUCGGAUGGCGGCGAUUCGCUUAGUUCAAACGCUAGUAGUCUUAGAAACUCGCCUGCUAGGUCCAUGAUACAGCCCCCUAGAAAGUUGGGUGAGUAUGGCAGAUUAUUAGAAAGCGGUGGAUCCAGCGGUUCCUUGAGGAAACCAUCAGUCCGGGUGCGCAGCGGCAGCUCUGUUAGGGAGAGGGAUUCCACUUCCACGGUCAGCGACAAUUCGGCCACUUCCUUACCACCGCCCUCCAAAAUUGGUAUGUAUGGCACAGCUCAAGUUAGGAGAGGAUCUUCGCUUGGUCGAGAUAACAAGACUUCGCCAAACAACUCCACCAACAGUAAAUAUCGCAUACAGUUCUGAUGAACAUCUUAGGUACUCAAACAGAAGAUUCAUCGGGUUUUCCAUAUAUUGAAUACACAAUGCACAACUGAAUACUAUUUUAUUCACUUGUUUUGUUGCAGUUAAGCUAUAUUUCAGUCAGUAAUUGAAUCGUACUUAAUUGAUUUCGUUGUGUUUUGUUGAGAAAUCCGAACCAGGUAAUUUGGUUCUUUUUAAAUGGUUGUGUUGACGUUGAAACACUACCUGUAUCCUAAAAAAAUGUUUGAAUUUGAAUAAUGAAGAAGGGAGAUACAGCAAAAUGGACAUAAGAAGCGUAAAAUCAAAAGAAAAUACUGCCAAACUAUUUCAUAAUGAAGAAUGACGAAAUAAAUCAAAGAAAAUCCUGAAAAAGCUUCACAAAGUGGAAUGAAGUCAAGCUUUGAGUAUUCAAUACUCAAGGGUAGUAGUGAACAUUUCUUAUGAAUGAUUAUAUUCCUUUUUCUUUAUAAUGAAACGAAGAGCUCUGACUAAAUAGUAGAUAUAUUUAUUAGUGAAUUUGGAUUAACUUAAUUCGAAUAUUGUUUUGGAAGAUUUACCAUUUUUGAUACUUGAAUGACAAUAAGAAAUGAAUUGAAGUGCCUUUUUCUCAUUAGUUCUUUACAUUACUAGAAAAUUCAAUGUAUCCACAUGUUGAAGGGAUUGCCUGAAUGAAUUUAAUAUAUAUUAUAUUUA